GUGCUGCUCCUCCUCCCCCUUUUGGGGGGAGCCUGCCUCUGAUUGGUGUGACUCUCUUCAAUUCAGUUCCCUCCCAAGGCAGCUAGGCCGGGACUGGUCAGACCGCCUGCAAGGGCGCCUUUUAGGCUCCCUUUGGGGCUCCCUUUUGGACUCCUAUUUUGGCCGCCCCCUCCCCAGGUGAAGGAGGGAAAGCGGCUGCCGGUUGUGGAGCAUGAGGACUUCCAGCGGGUCUCCUUCAAAAUUCAGAUGAGCUGAUGGACGAGCUGCGUGAAGCCCGUUGCUGAAUUCUGUGAAAAAUGCCAGUGCAUAGACGUUCCGAGGUGCAACAAACGUUCCUCUUUAAUGCCAUCUGUUCCAUCGCUUUCCCAGACCAACGUUAUUUAAAAGAAGAGCACUUGUGAAGGAAGGGUGCCCAUCAAAUAUAUAACGCUGAGAAGACUAUGCGCCUCAGUGGACAUCUAACCUAAAGAGCCUUUGGCGAAGGGGAAAGCCAGAAUGUUUUAAAAAGAGAUCCUAAACUGGAAUAAACUAAGCAGCAGAAUGUUUGUGAGUGGCCGGCGAGUAAGAAAAUGGCAGUUUUUGCAGUUAUUUGCCACUUGCUUCAUCUUGUGUGUCAUGAUUUUUUGGGAACCGCUCGAUAAUCACAUCGUGAGCCACAUGAAGUCUUACUCUUAUAGAUACCUCAUCAACAGCUAUAACUUCGUGAACGACAGCCUGUCUCUCAGACACAACAUGGACGGAGUUGCCAGUUACCCGUACUUGAUUAACCACGAAGAGAAAUGUCAGGCUGAAGAUGUUUUCCUUUUGCUGUUUGUGAAGACCUCUCCCGAAAACCAAAAUCGCCGGGAUGCAAUCAGAGAAACCUGGGGCAAUGAACGAUAUGUGCGAACUCAACUCAACGCCAAAAUCAAAACCAUAUUUGCUUUAGGGCGACCCGCAAAUCCUCCGCACAGAGAAAGUCUACAAAGAAAGCUUCAGAUGGAAGAUCAGAAGCACAGUGAUAUAAUUCAGCAAGACUUCGCCGAUACUUUCCACAAUCUCACGCUUAAACUGCUUAUGCAGUUCAGAUGGGUAAACAGAUACUGUCCUCAUGCUAAAUUCAUUAUGUCUGCAGAUGAUGAUAUAUUUAUCCAUAUGCCAAAUCUUGUCACUUACCUUCAGAGUUUGGAACAAAUUGGUGUUCAAGAUUUCUGGGUUGGACGUGUACACCGUGGCUCCCCUCCCAUAAGGGAUAAGACCAGCAAAUACUACGUUCCGUAUGAAAUGUACCAUUGGCCCGCGUACCCUGACUAUACAGCCGGAGCAGCAUACGUAAUAUCGAAUGAUGUAGCCGCCAAGGUAUACGAAGCAUCACAGACGCUUAAUUCUAGCCUUUACAUCGAUGACGUUUUCAUGGGUCUCUGUGCCAAUAAAAUGGGAUUAGUGCCGCAGUACCACUUGUUUUUUUCUGGGGAAGGAAAAGCUCCCUAUCAUCCUUGCAUUUAUAAAAGAAUGAUGACGUCUCAUGGACACACGGAAGACCUUCACCGACUUUGGAAGGAGGCAACGGAUCCCAAAGUCAAAAGUAUUUACAACAGCAUUUUUGGAAGACUGUAUUGUAGAAUGGUUAAUAUUAUGCUGCUCUGCAAAUUCCAUUAUAUGGACACUUAUCCCUGCAUAGCGGCAUUAUCCUAGAAGUACUUGAACAUCUGCGCCAAUUCACUGAGCCAGGCCAGCAGGAAAAUGUCAAACUGCUUAUUCAAACCCCCUGUGAAGGUAAAAGCUGACAAAGUCGCAUUCACCAAAAUGUUGCUUUGUUUCUGAAGUCUACUUAAGUAGUAACUCUCUUCUUUCGGCCUAUUCUAUAUUUUAAUCUGAGCGAUUCAAGCCUCAGCUAGAUCGAAAGUAUUGUCAGUGAAGCAAAAAUUACAAAAUGAGGUUCGGGUACUCAGUGGCUUGUGAAAAGUGUUCAGUAAGUACAUUUGAGACCAGAUAUGCUUUUUCAAGAGUUCUUGUGCUUGUAUGUACUUUGGAAAGUGGCAUUUCAGA